AUGGAGGACUCAGCAGUGGUCAAUGCUUUGAACUUAAACAGGAAAUUGCCACCCAGCAACAUCCCUAAAAACAUUUUGGCUUUAUCUGAAAUAGUCGAGAACGAAGACGAGCAGGAUGAAAUGAUUCAGCGUAUCGACCAACCUCUGGAACGGAUCCAAGACUCAAGUAACGGAGCAGAUUUCCUUAAAUGAGAAUACAACAGAGAUGGAGACUGCUGGAGAUCACCGUACACAAACGAGUAUUUCCCUCAGCCUCACGAAGAAGAUAUGAGUGAGGCUUUCUACCCGAGUGGAUUACUCAGAGACAUGGAAGAGCAGGCCAACGACAUGAUCAAAGAGUACUCCAACCUAUAUUUCACAAAUCCUUUAUCCAAUGCUUACUUCUUCGAGACGACUGAAGAAGGCUUUGGAGCCUGCUACUUGAUUCUGAACGAGCUUAGCAGCGAGAAAGGAGUCAAAGAUGGUCAGUGGCACAGUCUCCACUCGUUCACAGUCGAGGAGAACGUGACUGGCAAGCACACCUACACUCUUGUGAGUACUGUGUUCCUGAAGCUGGAGCUUGCAGGAGGCCUUUACGGAGAACUCAAAAUCAACGGAACUUCCACUAAAAGAACAGAGCAGACUCACCCAAAGUCCAGCAAAGGCAGCGAGCACCUGGUCAGGAUGGGCAAGAUGCUUGAGAAAAACGAGAAGUUCCUCAGAGACGAACUCGACUCAGUGUACGUAGGCAAGUCAAAGCAGAUCAUCAACACUGGGAGGAUGCACGACCUGUACGGGACCAACAAAACUAUUCUGUCGUAGGUUUCAAAAUCAUGGCUGAC